UCAGAAGAGGAUUUGCAGCUCAAGAAUGAACUGGAGAUGCUCGUGGAACGGUUAAAGGAACCUAACACUGAACUAUAUCGACCUGCGCUCGAGACGUUACGGACGUUGAUCAGGACUUCGACCUCGUCUAUGACAUCCGUACCGAAACCCUUGAAGUUCCUUCACCCUCAUUACCGCGAACUACAAACAAUAUACGAAGGAUGGCUCGCGUCGGAGGACAAGAGCCUAUUUGCGGACAUCCUGUCUGUCCUUGCCAUGACAUAUUCGGACACUGAGCCUCGGGGGACUCUCCGAUACCGCUUGCUCUCUAGCUCUCUGCGACCGUCUGCUUCUUCUUCACCGCUGUCUACACCAGGCUCGUGGGGGCACGAGUACGUGCGCCAUCUCGCAGCAGAGCUGGGAGAGGAACACAACGCGCGGACCCUGGGCGAAGAUGUGGAGGCGGAGGUGAAGCCGGUCGAGGAGGUGAUCGGCUCGACAGAGGAGCUGCAGGAGCUGGCGAUGGAAUGUGCAACAUUCCUUCUGCAGCACAAUGCGGAGCCAGAUGCGGUCGACCUGCUCGAGGAGCUCGAAAUCGCCGACCGGAUAGCGGAGCUCGUGGAUGAAAACACAUACGAGCGAGUGUGCCAGUACAUGAUCCGCUGUGUCAAUCUCCUGCCCACACCGGACGACCGUGCUUUCUUGCGCGCAGCACACCGCAUUUACUCUGAGCACCUGAAGUUCCCUCAAGCACUUGCCCUGUCAAUACGUCUCGGCGAGCCUGAACUUAUACGACGGGACUUCAACGCUCCUGCAAACCCGCUUAUGAAGCGCCAGCUCGCGUUCAUGCUCGCGCGCGCACAGAUACCCAAGGAGUGGCUAGACUCGGAGGAUAGUAUCGACGAAAGCGAGGAAAUGCCAGAGGACCUCCUGGACUGUUUGAGCAAUACACAUUUGAGUAUGCACUUCAAGGAGUUCGGUAAGGAACUUGGCAUCUUGGAACCCAAAAGCUUGGAGGACAUCUACAAGUCGCACCUUGAAAACACGAGAGUACCGUCUGCAAAUGUGGAUUCUGCUCGGGGUAACUUGGCUGGUACUUUCGUUAAUGCCUUCGUCAAUGCUGGCUUCGGUAACGACAAGUUGAUGGUUGAGGCUGAGGAGGGCAACAGCUGGAUCUACAAGAACAAGGACCAUGGUAUGAUGAGCGCUGCUGCUAGUCUCGGUCUCAGCUUGCUCUGGGAUACGGACGUCGGUCUUAGCCAUGUGGAUAAGUACACCUACUCGUCUGAGGAGCAUAUUAAGGCGGGAGCGCUUCUUGCAACAGGCAUCUUGAACACCGGUGUUCGCACUGAAGCAGACGCUGCGAUUGCGCUUCUCGGUGAAUACGUCGAUAACAAAUCUGUGCCUCUCAAGACAAGUGCGAUCACUGGUCUCGGCCUUGCAUAUGCCGGCUCUCAUCGAGAAGAUCUUCUGGCGAUCCUCCUCCCCCACGUCGCGGAUGAAGGCGUGUCGAUGGAAAUCGCUUCUUUAUCUGCACUUGCGCUCGGCUUUAUCUUUGUCGGCAGCGGGAAUGGCGACAUUGCCAGCACCAUUUUGCAAACACUAAUGGAGCGCGAUGACAAGCAGCUCGAGGAAAAAUGGUCUAGAUAUAUGCUUCUCGGUCUUGCGCUGCUCUACCUCGGCCUGCAAGACGGCUCUGAUGCGACCAUCGAAACGCUGAGAGCUAUUGAACAUCCGAUCUCCAAGCAGGCCGUCAUUCUUGUUGAGGCGUGCUCGUACGCUGGCUCGGGCGAGGUACUGAAGGUUCAGGCGAUGCUUCACCAUUGUGACGAGCACGUAGUCAAGUCCGAGAAGAAUGACAAGGAUAAGGAUGCGCCAGAAGAGCCUCCAAAAGAUGACACCUUUCAGGCGUUUGCGGUGCUCGGUAUCGCUCUCAUUGCCAUGGGAGAGGAAGUCGGGGCGGAGAUGUCUAUGCGGACACUAAAUCACUUGAUGCACUACGGCGAACCGAUCAUCCGCAAAACUGUUCCGCUUGCGCUCGGCUUGUUGAGCGCGUCAAAUCCCCAACUCCCUGUCAUGGACACACUGUCGAAGUAUAGCCACGAUAACGAUCUGGCUGUUGCGCUCAAUGCGAUCUUCGCCAUGGGUCUGAUCGGCGCGGGCACCAACAAUGCUCGGCUAGCCCAGAUGUUGCGACAGCUGGCGGGUUACUACCAUAAGGAGCCCGACUGUCUAUUCAUGGUACGGAUAGCGCAAGGCCUUGUCCACAUGGGCAAGGGAACGAUCACUGUCAACCCAUUCUUCUCCGAUCGCAACAUUAUGAGUAGAACAGCGGUCGCGGGAUUACUGGCGACUUUGAUCGCCUUCACGGAAGCCAAGGGCUUCGUCCUGGAUAAGUAUCACUGGAUGCUGUAUUUCCUUGUCACCGCAAUGUACCCAAGAUUCUUGAUCACCCUCGACGAGGAGCUCAAGAGCUUCCCGGUGACCGUGCGCGUGGGUCAGGCCGUCGACGUGGUCGGCCAAGCUGGCAAACCAAGAACGAUAUCUGGCUUCCAAACACACUCCACACCGGUGCGAUUGGGUACAACGGAGCGGGCGGAACUGGCGACAGAGGAGUACAUCCCCUUCGCACACGUACUAGAGAGUUUCGUCAUCCUACAGAAGAACCCUGGUUACGAGAAGGAGGACAAAAUGGAGUUGUAAUCGCUAUCAUCGUCGCACUAAUCUAAUGUUUUCUCUUGCCAUGGACUUGUAUCACGUAGGUUUGCGGUGUAUCUUCAGAGUGGUCACAGACCUCUUCUUCGCAAUGUUUCACAAUAUGCGAGAAAGCUUC